GAGGAGCUGAGGGGGGAGAGCGCCCUGUUAUGUGUGUUCCCUCGCCCGAGUGUCAGGCCUUGCUACCCACAAUGCCAUGCGGCCCUGGCCGCUCCGUCAUGGAGGCAGCAGCGGGGGCCCCUGAAGCAGCCGCGUCUGCCGCAGCUGGGCGGCCAGGAGCCUCGGCGGUAGCGCCCCGAAACGCUCCCUCUCGCUGCUGCUGGGCGGCUUGAGCCGUCCCGCCUCGCUGGGGGCCCCGUCCAGCAUGAGCGGCGACGGCGGCAGCAGCGGCAGCGGCUCCUCUUCGUCCGCUCCUGGCCGCUUCGCCGACUACUUCGUGAUCUGCGGGCUGGACACCGAGACUGGUCUGGAGCCGGACGAGCUCUCGGCAUUAUGCCAGUAUAUACAGGCCUCUAAAGCCCAAGAUGGUGGUAGCCGUUUCAUUUCAAGUUCAGCAGAAGGUGAAAACUUUGAACAAACUCCAUUAAGACGCACAUUCAAGUCCAAAGUUCUUGCUCGUUAUCCAGAAAAUGUUGAAUGGAAUCCUUUUGAUCAGGAUGCAGUGGGAAUGCUAUGUAUGCCUAAGGGUCUGUCUUUCAAGACACAAGCUGAUGCCAGAGAACCUCAAUUCCAUUCUUUUAUCAUUACCCGUGAAGAUGGCUCUCGGACAUUUGGGUUUUCUCUCACAUUUUAUGAGGAAGUUACCAGCAAACAAAUCUGUAGCGCAAUGCAGACAUUAUAUCACAUGCACAAUGCGGAAUAUGAUAUUCUUCAAACUCCACCUACCAAUGACAAAGAUAUCUGUAGCACCAUAGAACACUGUAAUGGCACCUCUGUAACAAAGCUACAACGAUUUAACUCCUAUGAUAUUAGCAGAGACACUCUUUAUGUCUCUAAGUGCAUUUGUCUGAUAACCCCAAUGUCUUUCAUGAAGGCGUGUAGGAGAGUGCUUGAGCAACUUCACCAAGCUGUAACUUCACCUCAACCACCACCAUUACCUUUGGAAAGCUUUAUCUACAAUAUACUCUAUGAAGUUCCCCUACCACCUGCAGGGAGAUCACUAAAAUUUUCAGGAGUUUAUGGACCAAUUAUCUGCCAGAGGCCAAGCACCAGUGAAUUGCCAUUAUUUGACUUUCCAGUUAAAGAAGUUUUUGAGUUACUUGGAGUAGAGAAUAUGGUUCAGCUCUUCACCUGUGCUCUUUUGGAAUUUCAGAUAUUGCUUUAUUCACAGCAUUACCAGAGACUGAUGACUGUGGCAGAGACAAUCACAGCACUGAUGUUUCCAUUCCAAUGGCAGCAUGUCUAUGUUCCCAUCCUUCCAGCCUCUCUCCUGCAUUUUUUAGAUGCUCCUGUUCCAUAUUUGAUGGGCUUGCACUCCAAUGGACUAGAUGACCGGUCUAAGCUGGAGCUCCCUCAAGAGGCAAAUUUGUGCUUUGUGGACAUAGACAACCACUAUGUUGAAUUGCCAGAAGACUUGCCUCAAUUUCCAAAUAAACUUGAAUUCAUUCAGGAAGUCUCUGAGAUCCUUAUGGCUUUUGGGAUUUCACCCGAGGGAAACUUGCACUGUAGUGAAAGUGCCUCCAAGAUGAAGAGCCUCAGAACAUGUGACAUAGUCUCUGAUAAGAGAAAUGGUAACCUAGGAGGAACAACUUUAAAUUCAUAUGAACUGUUGAAAGAAAAUGAGACCAUAGCAAGACUUCAAGCACUUGUUAAAAGAACAGGUGUGAGCCUAGAAAAGCUUGAAGUUCGAGAAGAGACUGGUAGCAGCAAGAAGGAUCUCAAAGUGCAAUGUGAUGAAGAAGAGUUCAGAAUUUACCAGCUGAAUAUUCAAGUGCGGGAAGUUUUUGCUAAUCGUUUCACUCAGAUGUUUGCAGAUUAUGAAGUAUUUGUAAUUCAGCCCAGUCAAGACAAAGAGUCAUGGUUCACCAAUAGAGAGCAGAUGCAGAACUUUGAUAAAGCAUCAUUCUUGUCUGACCAGCCAGAACCUUAUUUGCCUUUCCUCUCAAGAUUUUUGGAGACACAGAUGUUUGCUUCCUUUAUCGACAACAAAAUUAUGUGCCAUGAUGAUGAUGAUAAAGACCCUAUUUUGAGAGUGUUUGAUUCUAGAGUGGAUAAAAUUAGACUGUUAAAUGUUCGAACACCAACUUUGCGCACUUCCAUGUAUCAAAAGUGUACUACCAUUGAUGAGGCUGAGAAAGCUAUUGAAUUAAGGCUUGCAAAAAUAGAUCAUACUGCAGUCCAUCCCCACUUGCUAGAUAUGAAGAUUGGACAAGGAAAAUAUGAACCUGGAUUCUUCCCCAAACUGCAGUCUGAUGUUCUUUCUACGGGGCCAGCAAGCAAUAAAUGGACCAAACGAAAUGCACCUGCACAGUGGAGGCGGAAAGACAGGCAGAAGCAGCACACAGAGCACCUUCGUCUUGACAAUGAUCAGAGAGAGCAGCUGGAUUUUCCUUUGCCAGACCUUCAGUUGCAAUUUUGUUUAGACAUGGACCAGCAUGAUUGGCCUUUCAGGCACUCUUUUAAAUCUGUUUCAGAACUAUACCUGAAGUAUAUCCAAGAAGCUCGGAAUCUUGGCAGCACUAUUCGGCAGCCCAAAUUGUCUAACCUUUCGCCAUCAGUAAUUGCCCAGACCAACUGGAAAUUUGUUGAAGGUUUGCUGAAGGAAUGUCGAAAUAAGACAAAGAGAAUGCUAGUGGAAAAAAUGGGUCGUGAAGCAGUCGAACUUGGUCAUGGUGAGGUGAACAUUACAGGUGUAGAAGAGAAUACAUUAAUAGCUAGUCUCUGUGAUCUCUUGGAAAGGAUAUGGAGCCAUGGUCUGCAGGUGAAGCAGGAUAGAAGCUGUACUACUUUCAUCCUAGAAGAUAGAGCAUCAGUAUACUCUGCUACAACUCAGAUUUGGGCCUUUCAGACCAGCAAGCGGCCAACCCUACAUAAGGGGAAGUCUGCUUUGUGGUCACAUUUGUUACAUUACCAAGAAAAUAGACAGCGAAAACCUACAUCCGGAAGCUUCAGUACCUCAGGAAUACUACUUGAUUCAGAAAGAAGGAAGUCUGAUGCCAGCCCAGCAAUGUCUCCCUUAAGAGUAUCUCUCAUCCAAGACAUGAGGCAUAUCCAGAAUAUAAGUGAGAUCAAAACUGAUGUUGGUAAGGCUCGAGCUUGGGUUCGGCUCUCUAUGGAAAAGAAAUUACUUUCCCGUCACCUGAAACACCUUCUUUCUGAUCAUGAACUCACAAAAAAACUCUACAAGCGCUAUGCAUUCCUCCGCUGUGAUGAUGAAAAAGAGCAAUUUCUGUAUCAUCUCCUGUCAUUCAACGCUGUUGAUUACUUUUGUUUUACCAAUGUUUUUACAACUAUCUUGAUUCCAUACCAUAUAUUGAUCAUUCCUAGCAAAAAACUUGGUGGCUCAAUGUUCACAGCCAACCCAUGGAUAUGCAUUUCAGGAGAACUGGGUGAAACAGGAGUCCUACACAUUCCAAGGAAUACACUGGAGAUGACAUUUGAGUGUCAGAACCUGGGAAAGCUUACCACAGUACAAAUAGGACAUGAUAAUUCUGGACUGUAUGCAAAGUGGCUUGUGGAAUAUGUCAUGGUGAGAAAUGAAGUAACGGGUCACACUUACAAGUUUCCAUGUGGGAGGUGGCUUGGAAAAGGGAUGGAUGAUGGCAGUUUAGAGAGGAUCCUGGUCGGAGAAUUGCUGACAUCCCAUUCUGAGGUAGAUGAAAGGCAGUGCAGAACUCCACCUUUGCAGCAGUCCCCAAGUAUGAUUAGAAGAUUCGUUACAAUAUCACCAAACAACAAACCAAAGUUAAACACAGGUCAAAUACAAGAAUCUAUUGGUGAAGCAGUAAAUGGAAUUGUCAAACACUUCCACAAGCCAGAGAAAGAGAGAGGCAGUUUAACACUUUUGCUGUGUGGUGAAGGUGGGCUUGUCUCAGCUCUUGAGCAGGUGUUUCAGCAUGGAUUUAAAUCCCCCAGGCUCUUCAAAAAUGUCUUCAUUUGGGACUUUCUAGAAAAAGCACAAGGAUAUUAUGAGGCUCUAGAGCAAAAUGAAUUGGUCCCAGAGGAAAACUGGCAGAAAAGGGCCAGGAGUUUUUGUCGCUUUGUCACAGCCAUCAAUAACACUCCUAGAAACAUUGGGAAAGAUGGCAAGUUUCAGAUGCUGGUGUGCCUUGGAGCCAGAGAUCACCUCUUGCACCAUUGGAUUGCCUUGCUGGCAGACUGCCCCAUCACAGCUCAGAUGUAUGAGGAUACAGCGCUCAUAAAGGAUCAUACCCUAGUGAAUUCCUUGAUUCGUGUGCUGCAGACUUUGCAGGAGUUCAACAUCACAUUGGAGGCAUCCCUCGUUAAAGGAAUAGACAUCUGAUCCGUCUCUUGCUACAAGCACUGUAAAAAAGCAACAAGGAACAAACCAUUAUUAGUAUGCAGAAAUUCAAUCGGCUAAUACAUUGCAUCCAAACAUUUACAUCACUUGCUACAACUCUUCUGGAAAGAAGUUCAAAACAGAGAAUGGAAAUGUGGAUGAAAGCUCUACACCCAACGUGUAAUAGGGAAAAUAUAACCUAUAAAUCACUUUUAGAAUUUAUUUGCUGAUUUGCUUUUACACACUUUCAUGUGAAAGGGUUAAGAUAAUGAGUAUUGUGCAGCUUAUUUUAAAGCUGUAAUAUUUCUUUGCCAUUGAAAAUGGCACAGUGAGAAGCUAUUGGCAUUCUCUCAACUUGCCUUCAGACUGUAUGUUGAAAAGUAUAGUUCACACAUUCCAUUUCCGCUAAGGGUCAUUCAGCAAUUGAAAAUCUAAUAGUUUAUUAUAAACAUUUUCAUCAUUGGCUUUUACGUGUUGGGUCACUGUUCUGCAAGAAAAACUAAAAGUUUAAAUAUUGUUUUUAAUAGCCUUGAAGCACUGAAUUCAUUAGCAAAUCCUUUUUUUCUUUAAUUUUUGUUGUCAGUAUUAUUUUUGGCAGAGUUUUGAAGGGCGACUCAUGCAGAUGUGCAGAGAUCAGUGAUAUUUUUCAUAUGGGUACGAAAUUGCACAGAGAAAAUUAUAAAUGUGUUUUUAACUGGCAUUUAUUUAUUUAACUUUUCAUCAUGUUGUAAUGUCUUUGUCUAAGAAAAGAAUACUAUAUACAGUACUUAACAGGCUAUGUUACAUGUCUGUUGUGUUUUCAAUUUAGAACCUAAUUAGAGUACAGCCCACCUAAAUACAAGGCCAGAAUAAGAGUGUCUGUUAGCAAAAUAUGUCUUGGCAUGAACCUGCCUUUCAAUUUAUUAGUCAUUACUAACAAGUCCAUUGAUUUCAGUGGGUCUGCUCUGAGUAUGAAAUAGUUGGAUACCACCAUAAGUGAUUAUCCUAAGCCAUGUGUACUCUAUGUAAUGGCUAAUAGUCUAAUCAAAUACUAGAUGUAACAUUGACCUGGUUUGCAUUUAACACUAAGCCAAACCAUGACUUAGUGCAAAAGAGCAAACAUUCAGGUUCCUGAAGUGAAGAUUGCGCUGCAGCAAUCCUCCCUCAGUGUUUGCAGCUAAAAGGGUUCAGCCAUAAAUUGGCUUUGUGUUACAUCCAAACCCAAACUCAUGGUUUGCCUUGUCCUUGAUUUACCUCUUGAGGUUUGUCUGCAGCAGAUAAACUAUGGUUCAGGCAUAACAUUAAGUCAAACCAUGGUCAAAGGCAUAGGUUAAGCAGCAGCAAGAUUUGAGGAGUGCUGUGGCCAUAAUAUAUAUAUGCUCCAGAAAGCAAAUGUUUCUUUGUUUGCACUAAGCCUUGUUUUGGCUUGGCAUUAUGUGCAAACUGGGCCAGUCUAUAAAUGUGUAAGGAUCAGAUACAGCAGCAGUUGUUUCACAGUUUUGUCAUCUUGCAAUACUAGCACUACCUUACAACAGCUUCACAAGCACAUGUACUGGUGCAAAUACUUCAGGUUGGCCGUAAGUGAGAGCAGUAUUACUGUGACCAAUUUAUGCUGCUACUUGAUAUAAUGCUAUGUUAAGGUUUCAAAUCUUUCCCUUGGUAACCCAGUUCACAGGCAGAACAUAUGGAACAUUUUUAUUUGAAAUGCCGAGCAUUUGUGUGCUAAUUUUUGUAUAUGUUAAAGGCUGGAGGUUUUGGAUGCUUGUGAACACAGUGUAAAAAUAUUAGAAUACCCUCAUAAUGUUCAUAAUUUCUGGACUUUUUAAAUAGUAAAAUUCCAAUUUGAAAAAUCUAGUGAAUGCCUAGAAGCAACUGUUCUUGUUAGAAUUCUCAGCAAAAAUCCCUAGGAGAUGCAUAAUGAGCUAAGGAAACACUAAGAUAUACUAUACAAGCAUUAGGUCUCUGUAUUAAGAUUCGAGAUUCUACAGGCCUUUGCUGUAUACAUGUCUGAAGUUAGCCUCUUUAACUUCUGAUAAAGACGUUUUCAACUGUCAGUCUCCAACAAGUAGCAUUAUUCUUUAUUUCCUACAUCUUGUGGUCAUUUUUAUUCCAGUAACUUAAAAAUAUAGCACAUGUAUUAAAUUUUACUAUUUUUACUUUU